AUGGGUUAAUCAUGUUGUAAUAAUUCUACAACCCCAGACUCUGAUGCUAAAUUAAAUACCAAUCUUCCUGAACAGUAUUCAACUAGAGAGCAAUCAAAUACCUUGGCAGGCAAUUCGAAUUAAUAUCAGAAUAGAAUCAAUGAAUUAGAAAGCAAUGUUUAAACUUCGUUAGAAGCAAUGAAUAAAUUAAAUUCAACUAUAUAAAAUCUGUUAGUCUAAGUUGAGGAAUUGAAUAAAUAAUUAGAUCAGAAGUAGAAAUUAGAAGCAAUUGAAAUUAAGGAAAUUAAGGAGGAGGAAUGA